AAAACAAGAAAGAAGUUUCAGGUAAGGUUGAACUCGACUAAUAUUGAUAAACUACUUUUAAUGUGUUUUUUUCUAUCUAAUCCUUCUAACUCUCGUGUAGGUGAUUUUAGUUCUCGCCAAUCAAAGUAAGGUGCUCAACUUAGAAUAUUUACAUGGAGAGAAUUUCAAUUCUUGGUUUCAUUGUAGCCAUUCUCUAUUUCAUAACAACGGAACUUGCAUGUAAUGGUUAUACCCAUAUCAGCAACAACAUUCAAUCUGAACAAGAGACUCUUAUUGACUUCAAAAGUGGUCUCAAAGAUCCUAACAACCGACUUUCAUCAUGGAAAGGAAGCAAUUAUUGCUACUGGCAAGGAAUUACUUGUGAAAAAGACACAGGAAUUGUCAUUUCCAUUGAUCUUCAUAACCCUUAUCCUCGUGAGAAUGUAUAUAAGAAUUGGAGCUCUAUGAACUUGAGUGGAGAAAUUAGACCUUCAUUGACAAAACUCAAGUAUUUGAAAUAUCUAGAUUUGAGUUUCAACUCAUUCAAAGGCAUGCCAAUUCCUCAAUUCUUCGGGUCUUUGAAGAAUUUACUAUAUCUAAACUUAUCAGGUGCUGAGUUUAGUGGUACAAUUCCUUCAAAUUUUGGAAAUCUUUCUAAUUUGCAGUAUCUUGAUCUUUCUUCUGAAGAUCCGAUUUAUUAUGAUUUUAAAUAUUUUAAUGAUUUAUCUAUUGGCAAUAUUGAAUGGAUGGCUAGUCUUGUUUCCUUGAAGUAUCUUGGUAUGGAUUAUGUUAACCUCUCAUCAGUAGGAAGUGAAUGGGUCGAGAUGAUAAACAAACUUCCAAUUUUAACAGAGUUGCAUCUAGAUGGUUGUAGCCUCUCUGGCUCAAUUCCAUCUCCAAGCUUUGUUAACUUUACUUCACUUCUUGUUAUAAGCAUCAACUCGAACCAAUUCAUUUCUAUGUUUCCGGAAUGGUUUCUAAAUGUUAGCAGCCUUGGAUCCAUUGAUAUAAGCCACAAUCAAUUACAUGGGAGGAUUCCACUUGGUCUUAGUGAGCUACCCAAUUUGCAAUACAUAGAUCUAUCUGGGAAUGGCAAUCUCCAGGGUAGUAUCUCUCAAUUGUUGAGGAAGAGUUGGAAAAAGAUAGAAUUUCUCAAUUUGGCUGAAAAUGAUUUACAUGGUCCAAUUCCAAGCUCUUUUGGAAACUUCUGCAACUUAAAAUAUCUGGAUUUGGGGGGUAAUUACUUGAAUGGAAGUUUACCUGAGAUUAUCAAGGGAAUUGAAACCAGCAGUUCUAAAAGUCCUUUGCUUAAUUUGACAGAGUUAUACUUGGAUGACAGUCAAUUGAUGGGAAAAUUGCCAAAUUGGUUGGGUGAGCUUAAAAAUCUUAGGAGCCUCGAUUUAUCAUGGAACAAACUGGAAGGUCCCAUCCCUGCUUCUUUAUGGACAUUGCAACACCUGGAGUCCCUGUCCAUUAGAAUGAAUGAGCUGAAUGGAAGUCUCCUAGAUAGUAUUGGUCAGCUUUCAGAAUUGCAAGAAUUGGAUGUUGGUUCCAAUCAAUUGAGUGGAAGUCUCUCUGAACAACAUUUUUGGAAGCUAAGUAAGUUGGAGUUUCUAUACAUGGACUCCAAUUCUUUCCGUUUGAAUGUUAGUCCCAAUUGGGUUCCCCCUUUCCAGGUGGAAUAUCUUGAUAUGGGUUCAUGCCACUUGGGUCCUUCAUUUCCGGUUUGGCUUCAAUCUCAGAAGAACCUCCAGUAUCUUGAUUUCUCAAAUGCUAGCAUUUCAAGUCGUAUUCCAAAUUGGUUUUGGAAUAUUUCUUUCAAUCUGCAGUACUUAAGUCUUUCUCACAAUCAGUUACAAGGUCAGUUACCAAAUUCAUUGAAUUUUUCUUUUCUUCUCGUAGGAAUCGAUUUCAGUUCCAACCUCUUUGAAGGACCUAUUCCUUUUUCAAUCAAAGGGGUGAGAUUUCUAGAUCUCUCCCAUAAUAAAUUUUCUGGCCCUAUCCCACUUAGCAGAGGUGAAUCCCUGUUAGACUUGAGAUACCUUCUUCUUUCUCAUAAUCAAAUAACAGGGCCCAUCCCAUCAAACAUAGGUGAAUUCCUACCAAGCUUGUAUUUCCUUUCUCUUUUGAGUAAUCGAAUAACAGGAACCAUCCCAGAUUCCAUAGGACACAUCACCUCUCUUGAAGUCAUUGAUUUUUCAAGGAAUAAUUUGACCGGAAGCAUUCCUUUUACCAUAAAUAAUUGCUCUGGCCUAAUUGUUUUGGACCUUGGAAAUAACAAUUUGUCUGGGAUGAUACCAAAGUCAUUAGGUCGGUUACAAUUGCUCCAAUCACUACACCUGAAUGACAACAAGCUUUUAGGAGAGCUUCCUUCAUCUUUCCAAAAUUUAUCAAGUUUGGAACUCCUUGAUCUCAGUUAUAACGAAUUAUCGGGUAAGGUUCCAUCAUGGAUUGGAACUGCUUUCAUAAAUCUCGUAAUACUCAACUUGAGGUCGAAUGCAUUUUUUGGAAGACUUCCCGACCGACUUUCAAAUUUAAGCUCCCUACAUGUCUUAGACCUUGCACAAAACAAUUUGACUGGUAAAAUUCCAGCCACUUUGGUGGAGCUUAAAGCCAUGGCUCAGGAGCGUAAUAUGGAUAUGUAUUCUUUGUAUCACAAUGGAAAUGGCUCUCAGUAUGAAGAAAGGUUGAUUGUGAUUACAAAAGGCCAAAGUCUUGAAUACACGAGGACUCUUUCUCUUGUUGUUAGCAUAGAUCUAUCCGACAAUAAUUUAAGUGGAGAGUUUCCCGAGGGAAUAACAAAAUUGUCUGGUUUGGUGUUUCUAAACUUGUCCAUGAAUCACAUCAUUGGCAAAAUUCCUGGAAGCAUUUCAAUGUUGUGUCAGUUGUCCUCUCUUGAUCUAUCAAGCAACAAGCUUUCUGGCACCAUUCCUUCAAGCAUGUCCUCGUUAACAUUCUUGGGUUAUUUGAAUCUAUCAAAUAAUAAUUUCUCUGGUAAGAUCCCCUUUGCAGGGCAAAUGACAACUUUCACAGAGUUGGCCUUUACUGGAAACCCGAAUCUUUGUGGAACUCCACUAGUCACAAAAUGUCAGGAUGAAGACCUAGAUAAAAGGCAAAGUGUUCUUGAGGACAAAAUUGAUGGUGGCUAUAUUGAUCAGUGGUUUUACUUAAGCAUUGGCUUGGGAUUUGCGCUGGGCAUUUUAGUUCCUUAUUUUGUUUUGGCAAUAAGAAGAUCUUGGUGUGAUGCCUAUUUUGAUUUUGUGGACAAAAUUGUCAAGUGGCUACUGUUCAAAAGAAGAGUGACUUAUGCCAAAAAUCAUGCUCGAAGGCAAUAAAUUUUGUUUGUAGAUCUUCAUAUGCUUUAUGAUUUACUAUACGCUUUGGAAGUGAAUUCCAUCACUAUUGUAAUAGAAGAAAUGGCUUUGCUUUUAAUUUAUUCAAUGAUAAUUACUUUAUGUUAUUAUAUCUUCAUAUUA